AUGUCAAUUGAAGAGACACAAGAUAUAAUUUAUGUAAAUACAAAUGAUAGCAAGACAAUCGAAUCAUUUUUGGUCCGAUUGAGAAUACUCUAUCAUCAAAUGACACCGAUUCAAAAGAUGAUGGAUAUCUUGCACACUGAAUAUCCUAGCAUGUUUACCUCUCUAAAAGAUAUCAUCAUCACUGAUGAAAUGCAACACUACAUCACCCAUGAAAUAGUAACUCAUAGCAACCGACCAACCAAACCUUAUUGUUCAAAAUUCAUUAGAACCAUCAUGGAUACAUUAGAUAAGAAUGAUACUGAGAUAAAUGAAGAAUUACUUGAAAAGUUUAUGUCAAAUAUGAAUAUGUCUGGAAACAACAAUAAUAAUAACAAUAAUAAUAAUAAUAAUAAUAAUGAUGAUACAAAAGAAUAUUGUUUUAAAUCAUAUUUGAUGGAUGGUAGAUGGAUGACACUCAAGAAUCAAUUACAAUAUAAUUUGGUUGGUAUGACUACUUGGGGAGCUUCCUAUUUCUUGGCUGAUUUUAUGUUGUCUAAUCGUCGACUAUUCGACCAAAAGAGUGUCUUGGAGUUGGGAAGUGGGACGGGUGUGAUUGGUUUGGCACUAGACUGCUUGUCACCUUCACAAGUCAUGCUAACCGAUUAUUCUCCAUUUGUAUUGACCAAUUUAAAGGAAAACAUGGAUUUGAAUGUAUCAGAGACAACAACAACAAGAAAACAUAAAUGUACAAUUGGAAUAUUGGAUUGGGAGAGUGAGAUUACAGACAAGGAAUACGAGAGAUUGGGAGACCCUCAAGUGAUCGUUGGUGCAGAUGUUGUCUAUGACCCAUUCCUUUGUAAACACCUUGUAUCCGUAUUACACCAAUUGUGCACACGAUAUCGCAACACGGUUGCCUAUAUUGCAUCGACUAUUCGAAACAUUGACACCUUUACAGUAUUCCAAAAAGAGUUGGAGCUCUUUAAAUUCACUACUGUCGACAUUACAAAUGACUGUUCACUCGUCAAACCUUCACCUUUUAUUUAUGAUCCAAAUUCAACAAUAGAAGACAAUUGGAAUAUUCAAAGAAGUAGAAGAGGAGUGGUAGAACGUAGUCGUAGUCGUGACACAUAUAGACAAUUAUUGAUUAUUUCAAUAUCAUUCAAUUCAAAUACAACAUCAACUAAAUAA